GGGUACUGCUGUUGUUUUUAGCAUUUUUAGUGCUGCAAAAGAAUUGAAAUUUCUUAUUUAUUCAUACAUUAUAAAUUUCCAUCAUGGGUUGUGAUGGUGGUACUAUACCAAGAAGGGACGAACUCGUUCGUUUGAAGAAGAAACCAGAACAGAAAGAUAAAGAUGCCGAGCGUUCGUUUAAGUGGCGUAAUUGUGCGCUGACACAGCAGCCUUUGCAAGAGCCUAUCGUCGCGUGCGGCUUGGGAAGGCUCUACAGCAAGAGUUCUGUACUUGAAUCAUUACUUGACAAGGAAACUAAACCAGUGUCUAUUAGCCACAUCAAAAACCUCAAGGAUAUCAAGGACUUGAAAUUGAUAAAUAAUCCCGCCUACAAGAAGACUGAGCAUGCUGAGGGUGCGACAGAGAGCAGCGCCCCAUACAUCUGCCCCAUCAGUGGGCUGGAGAUGACGGGGAAGUUCCGCUUCAUCUUCCUCUGGAGCUGCGGCUGUGUCCUUGCAGAGCGUGCACUAAAGGAGGUCAAACAGAAUCUCUGUCAUAUGUGCCAGCAGCCAUUUACAGAUAAUGAUGUGGUUGUCCUGAAUGGAACAGAUGAGGAUAUUGUUAAAAUGCAAGAGAAAAUGGCCAUACGAGUUGCAAGCAGAAAAACAAAGAAAUCUAAAGCAGAAAAAACGGAGGUUAAAGAGGAACCAUCAACUCCUUGCACUCAAACAUCAUCAUCAUCAGCUUCAUCAGAUGUCAAAACAGAAACCGAACCGCAGCCAGGUGGCAGUGGUAUCAAAAAAGAAAUGGACACAAUACCACUGUCGCUACCCAAGUUCAAUCCAAACAAACAAGCCCGAGGCCACUUUGGCUCAUCGAAGCGAGCUUUUCCCACCCAACUGGAACAAGAUCCAUCAUACAAGAAGACCAAAAAGGACUACAGUAUUGCCAAAGAUCCAAAAACAAGUGAAGUAUACAAGUCCCUGUUCACGUCACAUCAAAGUGACAAGGAACAACAGAGGGCCCAUUGGGUUACGUACAAUCCAUUCUAUAAUUAAUUAGUACCUAGUUAAAUGUAUACAUAAUAAUAAUUAUAGACAAUUCAAGGAUGAAGACACUGAAAAUAAAAAGUAAGAA